AUGAGCUCGGAUUUGACUUUCAAGCAGCGUCUGAAGAGUGUUUCGCUGAUCUUCGCGUGUGGAACCGCGCUAUUCUCUGACGGCUACGCGAACGGUGUCAUUGGCAAUGUCUUGACGCGUAUCUAUGGCAAGGAGCAGCUCGGUUCACACAACUACAGCACGACAAUAAGCAGUCUUGGAUUUGCCGGCACGGUGGUUGGAAUGCUUAUCUUUGGGUACCUCUCGGACAAAAUUGGACGCAAGUUUGGGAUGAUGUCUGCGACGGCCAUUGUUGCGUUCUUCUCUCUAUUGUCUGCCGCGUCGUCGGGUGCCCAUGGGAGCUUUGGCGGUAUGUUGGCGAUGUUGGGUGCUUGUCGUUUCCUCCUUGGUAUUGGUGUCGGCGCCGAGUAUCCCUGUGGUUCGGUAUCAGCAUCUGAACAGUCUGAACAAGAGGGAAUUAGCCGCAAUGCCCAACACCGCUGGUUCACUUUGGCGACAAACUCUAUGAUCGAUUUCGGUUUCGUCAUCUCUGCGUUUGUCCCACUUGUGCUGUUCUGGAUAUUCGGAGAUAAUCACCUCCGGGCUGUUUGGCGUAUCUCCCUCGGACUCGGCGUCGUUCCUGCGAUGGCCGUCUUCGUCUGGCGACUCAGUAUGGAGGAGCCUGACCGAUACAAGAAAGAUUCAAUGAAGCACGCCAAGGUUCCGUACAUGCUUAUCCUAAGGCGUUAUGGCGUUUCGCUGGCCGCUGUUUCGUUCACAUGGUUCCUGUAUGACUUCAUUGUCUAUCCUUUCGGCCUCUUUUCAUCCAUUGUCGUUAAUAACAUUACCGGUGGAAACGACUCCAUGGGUGUUGUGUUGGGCUGGGCUGUUGUCAUUAACUUGUUCUACAUGCCCGGUACACUUGGAGGUGCCUUCAUUGUCGACUAUCUCGGUCCCAAAUACACGAUGAUCACCGGUCUUUUGGCCCAAGCUGUGAUUGGGUUCAUCAUGAGCGGUGCCUACGUACAUCUCACCAACAACAUUGCUGCCUUUGCCGUCGUCUAUGGCAUUUUCCUGAGUUUCGGAGAGCUUGGUCCAGGCAAUUGCUUAGGUCUACUUGCGAGUAAGACUAGUCCAACUGCUGUCCGUGGCCAGUUCUAUGGUAUUGCUGCCGCCGUCGGCAAGGUGGGUGCCUUCGUUGGCACAUGGGCCUUCCCUCCCAUGAUUGACGCUUUCGGUGGGUCAGACUCUGUACGAGGAAAUACCGGCCCAUUCUGGAUUGGAAGUGGUCUUGCUAUCCUCAGCGCCAUUAUCACAUUCGUCUUCAUCAAGCCUUUGUCCCACGACGGCAUGGAAGAGGAAGAUCGUCUCUUCCGCGAGUAUCUCGAAGCCAACGGAUACGACACCUCUCAAAUGGGCCUCCACAGCACGGCAAGCAGCGACACUGCUUCCAUCGAAAAGGAAAAGAUCAGUGAAGAGAAGGUUCCAAGGGAUUCUACUUAUGUUGUCUGA